GGAAAAGCAAGUGUGGUAGCACUUGCAAGCUGUCAAGGGGGAAAGAAGCGAAGAGACGUUAACAACGCUAUCUAGCCACUUUGACUCUGUCGAUCUUGGACAAGCAUAGAGGAAUGGGCUGUGAUCCCAUUAUAGUUGGAUCUACCCCUACUAGCCCUGAGGCCACCCAAGGAGUCCAGCCCCAGGCCAGGCCAGAAACAUGAGAUCUUUAACCGCUGAAUAAAGAAUGAGGCCUCAGCAACCUCACCCCAGAAACAACACCACCACCACUACUACUAGCAUAGUCUGUCACACACCCAUAACAACUUAACCCUGAACACCUGCCCCCUUCCCCAGGACCAGCUCUUGUAUCCCCUUCCUUCCCUUCCUCACCCAAACCCCAACCCCCUCCCAACCCAACCCACCCCACAGAGCAGCUUAGCCCUCCUCGUCACUGGAGAGUCACCACCCGAUCAGCUCCUAGGCCCCGUGCGCCCCCAUCGGCGGCGGUGUGUUGGUGUGCGAUGGCGCGGCGGGACGCUGAGGGCUGCCGCCGAGGACUGUGAUGUCAGAGCCCGCCAGCCCGGGCGAGAGCCAGCGCGGCGCUCCCAGAUUCUUCGUGGGCUGCGAGGACGAUGAGAGCGAGGGCCUGGAGGACUACGACGGCUGUAGCAUGAGGACAGACAUGGAGCUGUACGAGGACGACGAGGACGCAGACUCGCCCCCGGAGCGACAGAUCGUGGUGGGGAUCUGUUCCAUGAUGAAGAAGUCCAAGUCUAAGCCCAUGACCCAGAUCCUGGAGCGGCUGUGCAGGUUUGAGUACAUCACUGUGGUCAUCUUCCCCGAGGACGUCAUUCUUAACGAGCCUGUGGACAAAUGGCCGCUGUGUGACUGCCUCGUCUCCUUCCACUCCAAAGGAUUCCCGCUGGACAAGGCUGUGAGCUACGCCAAACUCCGAAACCCGCUGCUCAUCAAUGACCUGAACACACAGUACUACAUACAGGACAGGAGGGAGGUGUAUCGUAUCCUGCAGCAGGAAGGCAUCGAUCUACCCGCUACGCUGUGCUGA